UAUAUAUAUAUAUAUAUAUAUAUAUAUAUAUAUAUAUAGAAAUUUGUCUUUUGAUACUUCCGUAGCACAGUGCUCAAUACGUUAGCACGUAGAGCGUGAUAUAUCAUAGAUUGAAGAAAGUGAAACUACAUGGUUUAUCUCUACAAGCCUGUUUCGUGAGUAACUCACUCUUCAGGAAAUGUUGAUAUACUGGAAUAUUCCUCGAAUAAAUAGAUAAUACGGUACAGAAGGUGUUACAUAAUGUGUAAGGUUAUACAAAAGGUAAAUUAGGGGCGGUACAUAGAGGGAUUUAGGUGUUACAUAAUAGUGUUUUGUUUCUAUGGCGGCAAGAAGAUACGAGUUCGUUUCGUUUGUUGAGUGUUGAUAAUUCGGGGUGGCAGAUAAUGAGGGUCUUUUCUUUAAGACAAAGGCUGCAUCUUUUGUUUGAGCUGCUGUAGGAUGGCUUUAUUGAGAGGAUGCGCCAGGAAAUGGAGUGGUCGAUUUUAAGAAAAAUAACACCACGUUUGAUGUUACAAUGGGCAGCUACGACGGUGCUGAAACAUGCGAGUUGGUUGGAAGCUUUCUGCUGUCACAACUACAACACCUCGACAUCAAUGUUGGACUAUACCGAGACGACGGACUAGCCAUUUCAAAUUCACCACCAAGAGUCACCGAAAAUAUCAAAAAGAAAAUAUGUCAAAUUUUUAGCCACAACGGACUACGCAUCACGAUAGAAGCCAACAAACAGAUCAUCAACUUCCUAGACGUCACCCUCAACCUGAAAAAAGGUACCUUCCAGCCAUACACAAAGCCUGACACCAUCCUUCAAUAUGUCCACCGCGAGAGCAACCACCCAAUAACCACAGCAAAACAUAUACCAAUCGGCAUCAACAAACGUCUGUCAUCACUUUCCUCUGACAAAGCAUCAUUCGACCAAGCCACGCCACCAUACCAAAAAGCACUCAACGAAAGCGGAUACAAAUACACCCUACACUACGAACCAACUUCGAAUACCACAAGAAAAAACAGAAAACGGAGUAACAUACUUUGGUAUAACCCCCCAUUCAGCAAAAACGUCAGCACCAACAUCGGACACAGAUUCCUCAACCUCAUUGACAAACAUUUCCACAAAGACCACAAACUCAGAAAAAUCUUCAACCGCAACACAUUAAAGAUCAGCUACAGCUGCAUGAACAACAUCAAGCAAGCCAUUGACAGUCACAACAAACGCAUCCUAAAGUCACACGACACCAGCACCACCCCGGAAAAUACCAAUGUCAACAAAACAUGCAACUGCCGACAAGCGAACACAUGUCCACUCAACGGGAACUGCCUACAAUCAUCAGUCAUUUACCAAGCCACCGUCACACGCAGAGACAAUGAAACUACAGAAACAUACAUCGGACUUACAGAAAACGAAUUCAAGACAAGAUACAGAAAUCACACCGCAUCUUUCUGUCACGCAAAACACAGAAAUUCCACAGAACUCAGUAAAUACAUCUGGACCCUAAAAGACAAUAAAAUCGACCACUCCAUUUCCUGGCGCAUCCUCUCAAUAAAGCCAUCCUACAGCAGCUCAAACAAAAGAUGCAGCCUUUGUCUUAAAGAAAAGACCCUCAUUAUCUGCCACCCCGAAUUAUCAACACUCAACAAACGAAACGAACUCGUAUCUUCUUGCUGCCAUAGAAACAAAACACUAUUAUGUAACACCUAAAUCCCUCUAUGUACCGCCCCUAAUUUACCUUUUGUAUAACCUUACACAUUAUGUAACACCUUCUGUACCGUAUUAUCUAUUUAUUCGAGGAAUAUUCCAGUAUAUCAACAUCUCCUGAAGAGUGAGUUACUCACGAAACAGGCUUGUAGAGAUAAACCAUGUAGUUUCACUUUCUUCAAUCUAUGAUA